CUAACCACGGUAUUGGAUUUUACGGAGUGGCGUGUGAUACAAAGUAGUACUCCGUACUUGUUUAUAGAUACGCAACUCUCAACAACAACAACAAAGAAAACUGCAAAACCGCAUUCUGAUUUAUGUUCUUCAGUUUGACACAGUGAAGAUCCAACUCCUCUUCUCAAUUCUCACCCUCUUCAGAAACAAGACCUUAUCAAUUUCGUUGACUUUAAUCCUCUAAUCUCUUCCUUUUCUCUGUCCCAUUCCAUUUUUUACCAUCUUUUUCACUUUUGUGUUUCCUCGUCCCAUUUUGAUCCCCAUUGAAAAUACAUCUGACGUCGCAUUUUUGGGGUUUUAUCACUUCAAUGUAAUUCUUUGAUUGAAAUUUGAUGAAUAAGAUGCAAAUUGGUCCAAUUUAUUAAGGGUGUAGAAUGCGGGAGGUCACUAUAAGCGUUGGUUGAUUGGAUACGUUGAAUGGAAGUGUGAGCUAUCAUCAAUUUUCAUCACGAUAGGUCUGAGAUAUUGCAAGUCGGGAUCGAAGCAAGUAAUUUUCCAAAUAGUUGUUGGAACUAUGCAAGAAAAUAAGUUUCCAAGGCGGUAUUUGAUUGUACUUUUGACAUUCGUAUGUACGGCUGUCUGCUAUAUUGAGAGGGUGGGCUUCUCAAUUGCUUAUACGAUUGCUGCUGAUGCUGCUGGUGUAAAUCAAUCAAGCAAAGGCACGAUACUUUCUACUUUCUACUAUGGAUAUGCCUUAUCACAAGUGCCGGGAGGUUGGGCAGCUCAGAAAAUAGGUGGCAGGCGUGUGCUAUUGCUUUCAUUUGUCUUAUGGUCGCUGACUUGUGCUCUAGUCCCGCUGGAUCCCAAUCGAGUUUUCAUGUUGGUUAUUGCCCGCCUCCUUGUUGGUGUAGCUCAAGGAUUUAUCUUCCCUUCGAUUCACACAGUUUUGGCGCAGUGGGUUCCUCCCCAUGAAAGAUCUAGAUCUGUUUCUCUUACCACGUCUGGGAUGUACUUAGGUGCAGCUGCAGGAAUGCUUCUGCUUCCGACCCUGGUGAAGUUUAAAGGGCCUCAGUCUGUCUUUGUAGCCGAAGCAGCGUUAGGAGCCAUGUGGUCUGUGCUUUGGUUUAAAUAUGCAUCAGACCCUCCUCGAUCUGAGCACCCCAAAGCUGCUGCUGCUGGUUUUGGGGAAAGCUUAUUGCCUGUUAAAGGUAAUCACAAGUUAAAAGUGGAGAAUGGAGGUAGCUCAAUCAAAACUUUAAACAUACCUUGGAAGAAAAUUCUUGUCAGCUUACCUGUAUGGGCUAUUGUGGUCAACAACUUCACUUUCCAUUAUGCCUUGUAUGUACUUAUGAAUUGGUUACCGACAUAUUUUGAGCAAGGCCUACAACUUAGUCUCCAAGAAAUGGGUUCUUCUAAAAUGAUGCCAUACCUCAACAUGUUUUUAUUCUCGAAUAUCGGUGGGGUGGUUGCUGAUCAUCUUAUCACCAGGAAGCUUAUGUCUGUUACUGGGACAAGGAAGUUCUUAAAUACCCUAGGAUUUAUUGUGGCUUCUCUGGCGUUGAUGGCACUACCCAUGUUUAGAACCGCUAGCGGAGCAGUGUUCUGUUCUUCUGUGGCACUCGGCUUCUUGGCUCUUGGAAGAGCUGGGUUUGCUGUGAAUCACAUGGAUAUAGCUCCAAGAUAUGCUGGAAUUGUUAUGGGAGUUUCCAACACAGCAGGUACACUAGCUGGUAUUGUUGGUGUUGAGCUAACCGGACAGCUUCUUGAAGCAGCAAAAGUUGCUGAUUUUGACAUCUCUAGCCCAGAAAGUUGGAGAUUGGUAUUUGUUAUUCCUGGUAUACUGUGUAUUUUAAGUUCAGUUGUCUUCAUGAUUUUUUCAACCGGGGAAAGAAUUUUUGAUUGAGUUAGGCUUUCCACAGUUCAUGAAUAGGCUUGACGCAAUGUGUGUUAUUUGCUGUGUUGCCUGCUUACACAAGUGGCUAGUCUCAUUUUGUCCCUCACUCGUGCUGGUGGUCAGUGCAUGUCAGAAGUUUUAUGGAACCAUAGGUUUCGUUGGGUUUUUCUUAUCACACUGAACUUGUGAGAAAGGGUUGUGGCUUUGUGCUGAGAACGUCAUCCCUGAAACUCUUAACAGGAAGUGCCUUGUCAAGAUAUUCUUCAUAUAAUGCAAUAAGGUCUUCUUUUGCUUUCCAUUUGGCUGGUUUUUAGCUGCUGUUUCAUCUGUAAUAAAGAGAAAUGCAUCUUCGUAUGAUCAUUUUUCGAGGAAAGAUGUAGGAAGGAUGUAGCUUAGCAUAUUUUCUAAAUUGCUACUACAUAAACAAUUCAUCUACAUCCAUCUUUGUAACAAUUUCUUGUAAUAAUGCAAUGAGAUAUCUACAUUUAUUCUGA